AUGGUUUGGUUACCGAAUUCUCAUUCGAAUCAAAAAGAUAUUCAAGCGAUGUUCGAUGAUUAUGUUAGUCAUAAUAUCCAAUUUGGUACGGUGAACAUCGAUUCGCGUUGGGCAACGAAUUUCAAUACAUUCGUGUUCAAUUCAACGAAUUUUCCGACCAUUCGAGAUAUGUUAGAUGGAUUCCGAGCAAAAAAUAAACACAUUGUCCUAUGGAUGACUUCGAUGAUCAAUACUGAUGCUGAAACGUUUAAAUAUGCUCAAGAUCAUGGCUACUUAUUCAAUAAAACUAUCAAAUGGUGGCAUGGAAACGGACGUUUAUUGAACUAUUUCAAUGAUAAAGCUGUGAACUGGUGGCACAGUCAAAUCGAACGACUUUUAGACACUGUUGGACCUAUUCAUGCUUUUAAGGCUGAUGGCACUGAUCCAUAUAUCAUCGAACUUCUUGACCCUCGAGUCACAUGGGAACGUUAUCGCAACGCUUAUUACAAUGAUACGUUUCAAAUACUACGUCGAUUAGUUGGCCCCGAUGCUUUGAUUAUGUCACGACCUGUGGAUAAUGAUUUGAAUUUUUCACCACGUGAAGUCGUCUUUAUGGGUUGGGUCGGCGAUGAAGAUGCUACCUACGACGGAUUGAAAACAGCUCUUCGUUAUAUGCUUGAAAGCGGUCGUCGCGGUUAUGUAGGUUUUGGUUCUGAUAUCGGUGGUUAUCGUGCUGAUAACCAAGCUGGCCCAUUGGGUCGUACCAAAGAAUUGUUUCUUCGUUGGACAGCGGUCGGUGCUUUAAGUUCGUUUAUGGAAAAUGGUGGCAACGGCGAACAUUUACCAUGGAAAUUCGAUGAUGAAACGACGAACAUCUAUCGAUCGUGGGUCGAUUUACAUUAUCAACUGGUGCCCUAUCUUUACAGUGAAGGUACAAAAGCGGCACUCGGACGUAAUGGUACAUUAAUGCGACCUUGCGAUGAUAUCGAAGCAUUAUUCACUCAUACGUACUUUCUCGGCCCAAACAUCUUUGUCGCACCUGUUCUACAAGAUCCUGCGCCGGGUCAAACUCAACGUGUAUGGCUACCAAAAAGUUCUACAAAACAUUGGAUUAAUUUUUUCAAUACAUCAGUCACGCAUGAAGCCCAUACAUUCAUUCACGAAGAUACAAGUCGUCUUGAUCGUAUCCCAAUCUAUAUCCAACAAAACUCUCUAAUACCUAUGUAUGAUAUUGAGAAAAACUAUUCUCUGAACGCAUUCAAAUUCGUUCUUUGGGGCAAAGCGAUUACUCACGAACAACAUACAACGUUAUUCACACGUGACGGUCAACAAUGGCUAUUAAAAUUCGAUCGUACGCGAAGACGAUUUACCACACAUUUCAUUCAACAAUUCGAUUCCAAUGAAAAACAAGAAUGGAUUUGGAAAUUUUGUCAAUACACUAACGGACAAGAACUAUGUUCACGUGAAUGGAUAUCUCUUUUUGAUAAUGCUUCUGUUCAACUUGAUGUUUUAAUUUAG